CAUCUAAGAUAGAUAGAAAAAGGGAUAACCCUUGUGCAAAUCAGUAACAGAACACAACUGUCACAAAACCUUCCAAUCUUUCCUGUAAUGUGUUCCAAAUUAAUUAUUUCUGAGACAAGGCCCAACUCCUUCUCAUGUAAAAAUAUAUGGGAUGCUCUGUGCUGAUAUCAUUUUGACAGCAUUCAAAAAGCUGAUUAUGGUUGACAAGUGAUUAACAGACAUUUCUGAAGUUUAGUUUAGAUGACCAUUGUUUAAAAAAUGUGCUUUGACUCAAACAUAAUACACAUAUGUCUAAACAACCAAGAUAAAUAAUUUUAACAGGGAGAUGCAAAGGCAGUGUUGCUUAGGAAUUACAGUUUUCUAAGGAAACAAUGGCUUAAAUCGUUUCAGAUGCUGUUCAAUCAGAUUUGUAAGUCUUAAUACGCUCUGCAUUGGUAAAACGGGUGCAAAAACAAUCUGGACUAUCUCAAAGUCUGAAAUAACAUGAACAUACGGUACUCCUUUUCCUCCUGCGGUCAAUACCAGCUAAGAAGGGAAUGGGGGGACGGGAGGGUUUCAUAAAUAACACAAAAUUUAUUUUCCCUAGUAUUACCAUACAACAAUAAUAGAGGUGAGUUUUAAAGUAGUGUGUAUAAUAUCUUCUAAUUACAUCAUACAACUUUGUGGACAAAGGUACAUGUUUUGCGGUAACCCUCUCACCCCCACCCCCCUCAAGUCAUUUGGUUGCGCCUGUCCUGACGGUUGGAAAGAGAGGGAAAAGCAGCAGCCACUUUGAACCAGACCCUUCUGAUAGCCUGUUCGAAACGGAUAGCCUCGAUAGAUGUAUAGAGAACCAAAACCAAACCAAGAUGCUGUCUGCCAGAUCCUUGACCUCGGAUUUCAGUCAAGAAAAGCCUUCAUUGAAAGUGAUGUCCUAAAAGAAGAUGAUAGACCUACAAAGAUUCUGGAGGCAUAUCCAUGUUUCAAGGAGCUUCAUCAUGUGAUGGAGGAGCUGCGGUGGAUCCAGGAUAUGGGAAACGGCAAAUUCAGAUGUCAAGUACAGGACAGAUGGGAAGACUUCUGCUCACUAGUGCAGUUUUACAGAGUUUGGAAAAAAGUGUUGAAGCCUCCCAUGAACUUAAGUGGAGUUGAACACAACGUUGCACUCUUCAGAGCACUCCCAACGCUUUUCCCAUCUCCAACUUCACCCCUUAAGAAACUGGCACAUGCUAGUGAAGCAUUGCUGCAUGUUCUAGAGCCAACAGAUGAUCCUGCCAAAUACCUGAAGAAGAGAUCUUUCUCCAGCCCGGUGUUGCUCUUUGAUGGGUCCUGCUGUCUCGUGGCAAGUGGAGAAACUCCCAUCACCACCUUUGCCAAAGAAGAUCUUGGCCAUAGGUUGUUUUAUCUGUUGGCUUACCACUACACCUUCCAUCUUACCCAUCCCAAGUUUGUGGCAACCCUACUUUGUCAGUCAGACAGAAAUAUUGAAGGACAAUAUUCACGAGCGGGACACCACAAGUUCAUAAAAAAUGUUUUGGCAGAGUGAAACGUUUUUACUGAGUGGUAGAGCUUUCACGGUGAGAAAUGAAUGCCUUGUUUGGUGAUGUUAACCAGAGACACUCUUUUUCUUAUUUCUCUUAACCUCAGAUUAUUUACUAGUAUGGCCUGCAUCAGCGUUCAUUAAGAUUUAGCUGUAAACCUAUGUUAAAUUUUAUGUUGAAAUGCUUCAAGCAGUUCUUUGUAUUUGUAGAAGCAGAAGUAUUCUAUGUUAACAGUGUAUUCAAAGCAAUUUUGAAAAAAGCAAUAUAAAUAAAUAUUGUUAAGUACAGUGA